AUGAGCACACUGCCGCCACCACCACUAGCCCACGCCCACAAACCCCACCCGCUCAAGCUGUCACCACCAUCGCCGUACGCCCCGCUACCACAGCCCUUCGGCUUCCAAUUCAGUUUGGGCGGUAUGAACGAAGCUGGCCCCCUGAGUGCGACAUCCUCAGCCGGCUCCAGCGGCGCGGGCGCCGGGGCUGUCAGUCCGCUGCCGCUCAUCGGCGAGCCUUUCCUGGCGCCUCCGCCCCCCGGUCUACUCCACAUGCUCAUGUCUUCGGACAAGUGUCAAGAAUUGAUGUGGAGCGCGAAGCAGUUGCAACUCCAAGGAGAUCCAACGUUGCUACGUCCUCCGCCAAAUGCUUUCGGAGCACCACUUGCUCCAACAUGGGAACUGUUACAGGAGACGAGCGCUCGGCUAUUGUUCAUGGCAGUGCGUUGGGUGCGGUGCCUCGCGCCAUUCCAAGCGCUGGCGCCGGCAGACCAGCUGGUGCUGCUACGAGCCGCGUGGAAGGAGCUGUUCCUGCUGCAUCUCGCGCAGUGGUCGGCACCAUGGGACCUGGCGCCGCUGCUAGCUGCACCGGCGGCCAGAGCGCGCCUGCCUCCAGAUCCCCUCGCCGAUCUUGAGCUGAACACUUUACAGGAAAUACUCUGUCGGUUUCGUCAAAUAGCACCCGAUGGUAGCGAAUGUGGCUGUAUGAAAGCCAUUGUGCUAUUUUCUCCAGAUACUCCGGGAUUAACUGAGACGCAACCCGUUGAGAUGCUUCAGGACCAAGCACAAUGCAUUUUAGCAGACUACGUUCGCACCAGAUAUACGCGGCAACCUACUCGCUUUGGCCGACUCCUGCUAUUGCUGCCGUCGUUGAGGGCGGUUCGCUCGCGCUCCAUAGAGCUGUUGCUGUUCCGAGAAACGGUGGGCGACGUGUCCGUUGCCACACUGCUGCACGACAUGUAUCGGAUGCAGCCGGCCCCCGCACCGGCCCCCUUCGCUCCGCCAACCGUCACCGAACAUUGUUCCUCACCG